AUGUUACGAGUAGUGAGGGGUCGGACACUACAUGUGUUGGACACAAAUGUGGAUCAGUUUGUGGGCAUUCCAUACGCCGAACCCCCGGUCGGCAAACAUAGAUUCGCAAAACCCGAACCCAUUUCUAAACCAUUUCCCGUAAAUGCAACAAAACCUACGAACUCAUGUAUGCAACCAUCAACUUUCAUACCAAUCAUUCCGGGCACAGGUAUGAGUGAGGACUGUCUGGUGCUUAACAUAUGGACAACAAAUACCACAGCAUUAAAGCCAGUGAUGUUUUGGAUACACGGAGGAGGACUUAAUAUCGGAACUAUAUUUCAAACGUGGUUUAAUGGUAGUGUUUUGGCCACCAAUGAUGUAGUGGUUGUGUCCGUCAACUAUAGGUUAGGACAGUUUGGGUUCCUAUACGGGGAUCGGGAGGACGCGCCCGGAAAUGUCGGCUUUUAUGACCAGCUAUUGGCUCUCAAAUGGGUUAAGGAAAACAUUUAUUCAUUUGGUGGAGAUAGGGAUCAGAUCACUAUUUUUGGUCAAAGUGCCGGCAGUUGGUCGGUGUCCGCACACAUACUCUCCCCGCUAUCCAAAGGCCUAUUCAAGAGGACUAUUAUGGAGAGCGGCGCCCAUAUGUAUAACAAAGACAGGGAUGUGGUCAACAAAACUGAAGCCAUAUCUCAGGGCAAAGCAAUUGCCAAACAAUUGAAAUGCAAUGAAACCGAGGAUUGGAUUCAAUGUCUGCGAAGAGCGGACGCCAGAGAUAUACUUAAAUAUGAGAACCAAGUGAUGGCUUUCCCGGUGUUUGGCACAGAAUUUUUGCCAAUUUCUAGCCGACAGGCUUUUAUUGAAAAAAAGUUUAAUAAAGAUAUUGAUUUAAUUGCUGGCAUAACACGAAACGAAGGCUCAGUCUUUAUUAAUUACGUGGUCAAAGAUCCCACACAUAUGGUACUAACGGACUUUUACACAGCUGUAAAAGCAAUGGACUUAAUGGGUUAUCACAACGUGAACGUCCGGAAAGUGACAGAACACUACCUAAAAGGUGUCAACACUAGCGAUAGUCAGGCACUUCGCACGGCUUUAGGCUCACUAAUAGGUGACCUAACACUCGGUUGUCCGACAUAUCUGUUCGCCAAACGGUUCGCACAAACUGUCAAAGAGUCGCAAAGGGUUUACUUUUACGAGUUGUUGUACCGUGCUGAAUAUUUUGCCAAAAUGCUAAGUUGUACGUCGACCAUGGGCAUUUGUCACGGCGUUGAUGUAGCCUUUGUAUUUGGUGAGCCACUUCUUCACCCUAACGAUUACAGUUCCGAAGAUAUCUAUUACAGUAAUGUUGUGAUAAAAAUGUGGACAAAUCAUAUGGACUCUGAUUGGCCGCAACUGUUAAACGAUGAGCCGAUGGGUGCGCCCAAAGUCCACGGUUUGGACCCAAAGGACUUACGGCUUGUUCUCAAUGACCCGUUUCACGAAACAUGUGACGGCGUUUGGGCCGACUAUUUCCUAUAA